AGAAUACCUCAUUGUAUGGGAGAGAUUCGGGCCAGAGGAACAGUGCUGGGUGCCUUCACAAGACAAGCAAUAUCAACAACACCAGAUACAAAAACCCCAACACCAGAUACAGCAACAUCAACAACACCAUAUACAAAAACCCCAACACCAGAUACAGCAACAUCAACAACACCAGAUACAGCAACAUCAACAACACCAGAUACAGCAACAUCAACAACACCAGAUACAACAACACCAACAACAACACCAACACCAAUACCAGCACUCUGUGGGAGUAUGAUUUGCUCCUGGGAUGAAGUCUGUAGUCAGAUAAAUGGAGAUUAUGGCUGUGCCUGUGGGUACAUUACAACGCGCGGCCCAAAUCCUUACGACGCCAUUGAGACAUGUUCAGGAAGUACUGGAUCACUGUCUCUUUCUCGCUGUGAACUCUUUGAAGACGGAUAUUCUGCAGAUAAUCUCCACAUGAACGACCAAAACUGCAAAGGGGAGCUCCAAGAUAACAGGCUGGUGUUCAGCUUUGACAGUAAUUUCAACAUGUGUGGCACAACUCUGGAGAAUAACAGCACACACAUCAGCUUCAAGAACAGCGUUGGGACAACUGAUGGUAUAGGUGUGAUCAGUCGUUCCGGCGGCCUCAACAUCAACUUUUCCUGUGUGUAUCCACUCAUCCAGAGCAUCUCCAUGCCCACGGCUAUUGAAGGCAAAGGAGGUGUAAUCAGCAAGUAUCUGUCUACCGAGGGCUCGUACCAGAUCACCAUGACCCCGUAUACCGAUGAUACAUUCCAGGUUCCACUCUUUGGCAAUGUGACCCUGGAUGUGAACCAUCAGAUGUAUAUAGCUGUGCAAGUGGAUCAGUUCGACAGCACUCAAAUCGGGCUUGUGCUGGACAGCUGCUGGGCCACGCCCAUCAACCAGAUCGACUAUUACAUCCGCUGGGACCUGAUCAGUAACGAGUGUCCGAACCCCAAUGAUGGCACGGUGGCGGUGUUGCAGAAUGGUGUCUCCACGACCAGCUACUUCUCCUUCAGGAUGUUCACAUUCACCGGCUUCUCCAACAAGAUCUACCUGCACUGCCAGGUCCAUCUCUGUCUGCUAGAGACAGGCAGCUGUGCACAGCCAUGCACUGGAGGUCUUUACAGAAGACGCCGAGCUGUAGAUUUCUACGAUUCAGCUGCCAUUUCCAUGGAAUUCUGAUUUGUUCGCUUUAAACUUUCUAUCAUUUUAUUUUCAUUUUUGUUUUAUCUUUAAUCAUUAAGUAUUGCUUUGCUUUAAUCAUAAAUGCAAAUUAUAAAAAUUCAGCUUUUUAAAAUUCAUAAACUUACAUCUUGUAAGUGAUUGUACUCAUCUGUGCUGCCUUAAUCUGUCAUAAUAAAUCUUUCAAGCAUUUUA